AUGUGGUCCAUGAAAACUUCAGCGGGUGUCAUUAUAGCUUUAUGGAUAUGUAUACUCAUCUAUCUGUAUACUCUAUUGUAUGGAAUUCAAGGCAGAUCUGUUGAAACGGAUGAUAAACUUUCUGAGAAAUUAAUUGAAGCCUUGGAAUCCUUACAAGAACUUCGAAAGCAGAAUUCUGAAUUAAAACUGCUCAUUGAAAAUGAACGGUUAGAGAACGUUCAGAGGUCAAACAAAGAUCGUGAACUGCUAUUUUCAAAAUUACAAAUAGAUGGAAAAUCUAAUGAUGUUGGUGAGAAACCGAAGUCAAACGAUGGACUCUUUUCCAAAGACCAUGAAGUCGUACGACGUCAUGUGGAAAGGAAUGUUUGGGAGAUUUUCUACUUCUUGCAUAGCCAAUUCAAGAAAAAUCCAGAUAGUGCUGCUCUGUUUGGCAAUCACACAGAGAAUCAGUUAAUUACUCUAUUGGCUUCUUCUCAAAAUCUCUCGUUUGUCGAUAAUGCUGAUGUUUGGAGAACUAACGAACUUCAAAAGAUGACCAAGAAGAUUCAAAACGCUAUUGAACGAAUCCAAAAUCCUGAUGAUUGCUCACAAACAAGGGCUUUGAUUUGUGGGUUGGAUAAGGAAUGUGGCUUUGGUUGUCAGCUUCAUCAUGUUGCUUAUUGUUUCUUGACGGCUUUCGGUACUGGACGUACGUUGGUUCUGAAAGACAACGGAGUUAAAUGGAGAUAUUCACGUAAAGGAUGGAAUGCAGUCUUUCAACCAGUGACCAAGUGUGACUACAAAACCGUCGUUGGGAAAGAUCCUAUAGGCAACUUUGAAAUGAACGCUCAAUCAAGGGUUGUAAGCUUAGGCAUUGUAGAUGGCAUGGUCAAUAAACCACCAUUCUUACCAUUAUCAUUCCCUAGACAGUUAGCUGAUGAUCUCUUGAAGCUCCAUUCGAAUCCUCCCGUGUACUUCGUUAGCCAAUUUAUUUGGUAUUUGAUGAGAGGAAAUGAAAAAAUGAACGCCGCUCUGAAUGCCACAAAGGAACAAAUUGGUUUCGACAAAGGUCCGAUUGUUGGAAUUCAAGUGAGGAGAACAGAUAAGAUUGGAACUGAGGCUUCUUUCCACUCAGUCGAAGAGUAUAUGGAAUGGGUUGAUAUUUGGUUCCGAGUGACUGAACGGCGAAUGGGCAGAAAGCUCAAACGUCGAGUGUAUAUAGCCAGUGAUGAUCCACAAGUUCUUCCUGAAGCUAAGAAGAAUUAUCCCAAAUAUGAAGUGUUCGGAGAUAUCUCCAUAGCCAACACAGCUCAGGUCAACCAAAGAUAUACGGAUAGCUCCUUGUUUGGAGUCAUAACAGACAUUGAACUGUUGAGUGAAUGUGAUUAUCUAGUUUGCACUUUUUCGAGUCAGGUUUGCCGGAUGGGUUUCGAGCUUAUGCAAAUCCGAAAAGGAGACACCGGUGAUUCUUUCCACUCCUUAGAUGAUCUGUACUAUUAUGGCGGUCAAUAUCCUCACGAGCAAAUCAUCGUAGAAGAUUAUUUCCCCAGGAGGACAGAAGAACUUGAACUGAGAGCCGGUGAUGUUGUUGGUAUAGCUGGUAAUCAUUGGGAUGGCUUUUCCAAAGGUCAAAAUCGUAGGACAGGAAAAACGGGGUUAUAUCCAUCGUAUAAGGCGAUAGAAAACUGGAGGAUAGUUGAUUUUCCUGAGAUCUGA